AUCGUAUAUGUUACUAAAGAUAUAAUACACAUACACAUGUUAUUGAGUGAUAUCAAAUAUAAUGUACAUAUUGAUAGGUAACAGAAACACCAAAUAAGCUUUUCAUUAAUAAUGUAACAUGAAAAACGUCGCUUCUGAGACAUAUUUAGGACGUGCGGAAUGCACACACGUGGAGGAUGCUGCUCAUCAUCAUCGCGGUCAUCCACGCAUCCCCCUUAGAGAAGUAUUGUUGAUACUUUAGAUCAGUGGCGUACGUCUCUGCACCAAGUCUCUCACGUCGUUUGUCGUUUGUGGUUGCUUCAUUUCCUAAGAGACGCUCGUCGACCGUCGUCAGGCUGGCAGAAAAUCAGUUGGUUGGCCACCUGUGUCCCCCUUAGACCCGGCGGUGACGUUUAUAAGUACUCCUGGCCGGCUUUGAGAAGGUAGUCAUGCUUUCCCAUUUGUGCCAUUACUCUGCUGAUUUAGUUUCUCUCUCUAUCCAUUCCCAGUUAGUCAUCCAGCCCGACUUUCACUACUUCAUCAUGUCUAGUAACCCCCGGUUAGUUAUUCGGCCCUUGCCAAACCUUCUACGCUAGAGCUCGCCCGUAAUACACGAAGCAGCUCAUCUUCCAUCCCUGCGCGUUUGGAGGAUCCUGUGGAUGAUGGUUUCCUCUCCGAAGAUGACUUGAGAUUCUAUGAGCGAUGGAUGCUUGAUCGGCCCUCCCGAUAUUCUCUUAAUUUUGAAAAUGUUCGUCGUCAACGUUAGUGUCUGCUUCCUCGCGACAUUAGGGCGAUCGGCCUACUGUUCCCUCCCUGUGGGGUUGGGAUGCUCGGGUCAUUCGACAUCUUAUGCGCCAUCUGCUCGGCCGUGCAUAUGGAGGGUUUUAUUCUCCUACAACGGUCCCAAUCCAGACGUCUGGGAAGAGAGAUUCUUCUUCGCCGAAAUGGGCUCCCCGUUACCAUUCUCUGACUGGUGGAAUUCUUACCCGGUCAAACUUGAGUAACGCCGAGCUGGAGAUCGCCGGUCGCAUUGCUGGAUUGGGGACGCAAAAUCUGAGACUGCUUGUGGUGGAUACCCACAUGUUGCAAGUCGAUCGGGUUAGGUGUUUAUACCAACCUUCCAUUCAUGGGUCGCAGCAACAUUCACCGAGCCCCCGGUCAUCUUGACAAAGGGAAGGAAAAGUCCAUUGACAAAGAGGGUCGUCUUGCCUCCCGCUCCUGAGCCUAAUGGGAUACUGAGGCCGAGCGUUCGCCGAAAAGGCCAUGCCUUGAGGGCGCCUCUAAAUCCAGCAUUGUGGUGGACGAAUCAGACAAGGAGGCAGCCAUCCCCUCUGGUCAGGACGCAGGUCUUCGUCCAUCCUCCACAGAGCUCAACAAUAUCACUUUAGGCCUUAUUAAAUUUUCCGGGGUCGGGCCUUGCACCGAGUCUAGGAUGCUGUUCGGCCAGACGGACUCUUCCAUUUGGUGCAGCCUUGGCCGGAAGGUGCCUUUUGACUUUGAGGCGUACGAGGAGCCCGAGGAUCUUCUCAAGGGUGACCUUAGUUAUCUGAACAAGGCCGCCAUUUAUUUUAGGGAAAAGGGUCAAAUAGGUCCUCGAACUUACAUAAAAAGGUCAAAUAAGCCCUUAUUUGAGACUCUGUCCGGACGUCGUUAUUUGGGGCAGUUCCCUGUGGAAUUUUUUAGGAGAUUUUUUGAGCAUCUUAUUCAUUUAGUCUAGUUUAAUCAUGCCAAAUUUCAGCUAAC